AUGGGUAUCAAUUUCAGGAAAAACAUCAGGGUUUAUAACUCCAUGUUUGCAUUUACAUCUAUGGGAGGCCGAGUUGACAGAUCUAUAAAUCGUUCAAAGGGCCCAUAUGUGUUCAGGAUGAGUGGUCAAAAUUAUCAUCACAUUGGCUCUCUGUUGCCAGAAAUAGGCAAGAGCCCACGGUUUGCCCAGCUCUAUAUAUAUGAUACUGAAAAUGAGAUAGAUAACAGAAUGAAUAGUCUGAUGCAUGAAGAAGUUGAUCCACAAAUUGUACGGGGGAUAUCUGAAAUGCUAGACGAGCAUAAUAUUUUGGUAAAAUCAUUUCGGAUGGCAAGGGAUAGAUAUAAAGAUCAACCAGAAUCUGUGUUCCGUCUGCGACUUCUUUCAGACAGGACUAAAGAUGGCAGACGAUACAAUAUAUUAACGGCUUCUGAAGUCGCUGGGUUAAUAAUAGGUGAUCUUACUGAUGAAAACUUCCAGCGAGAUGUUGUUGUAGAACAUCGACAAAACGGACUUCAAAGAAUCACAGAUUUACACCCAAGUUUCAUGUCUAUGACUUAUCCAUUAAUACACCCGUACGGCGAAGAUGGAUAUAGGCUUGGAAUUCUUCUGGAAGAUGUAACCAACAAAACAUACAUCAGACAAAAAUUGACAAUGAGACAGUUUUACGGAUUCAGGAUACAACAAAGGCUUAAUGAGGGCUACACUCUUCUACAAGCUGGUAGACUAUUGCAGCAGUACAUCGUGGAUGGUUACAUGGCAAUUGAGGAAGAGAGAUUCCGAUAUAUCCGGAAUAACCAAACAAAGCUUAGGUCUGAUCUUGCUUCCGGAUUGAUGGAUGCUGUUGUUCGAGGAGAUUCUGAUUGUUCUAUGGUAGGGAAAACUGUCCUAUUGCCUUCAACGCACACUGGGGGACCUCGAUAUAGGGCACAAAACUAUCAAGAUGCAAUGGCGCUUUGUAGGUGGGCUGGAUAUCCGGAUUUGUUCCUUGCUUUCACUUGCAACCCAAAGUGGCCAGAAAUAAAUGAAAUGUUGCGCUUAAUUGGCCAAGAAAAUGAUGGAAGCCGGGUCGACAUCAUAUGCAGAGUCUUCGAGAUAAAAUUAUUCCACCUCAUGCAGCAUCUGAAUAAGCAGAAGCCUUUUGGAAAAAUAAUUGCUUGUAUAUAUACAAUAGAGUUCCAAAAGAGAGGCUUACCCCAUGCACAUAUAUUGCUCUUCUUGCAUCAAACAUUAAAAAGUCCCUCUACAGAUCAUAUUGACAAAAUAAUAUCAGCAGAAAUACCUGAUCUUGAAGCUGAUCCUGAUGGUUACAAUGCAGUGAAGAACUUUAUGAUGCACGGACCUUGCGGAGAACUGAAUCCCCACUGCCCAUGUAUGAAGCAGGGCAAGUGCACAAAAUAUUUUCCAAAGAAAUUCAAUGACCGAACAAAUUUUGACUCGGACGGAUUCCCCAUUUAUAGGAGAAGGAACACGGCUGUGGAAGUGAAGAAAAAUGGCGCCUACUUAGACAACAGAUAUGUCGUCCCUUACAACAGGAACUUGAUUGUCAAAUUUGAUGCACAUAUAAAUGUUGAAUUGUGCAAUUACUCAAGGUCAGUGAAGUACCUAUUCAACUAUGUCCAUAAAGGGUCUGAUAGAGCAACUGGACAAAACACAAUAGUAUUCGAAGAGGAUAGGCGAGCUGAAAAUGUACUUAGUAGACCCGAUAUAGACAGGACAAAAUUCACUGAAUGGUUUGAAGCCAACAAAGUAUAUGAGGAUGCCCGAGAACUAACAUAUUCUGAUUUCCCUACGCGUUGGGUCUGGAAUGCGACAGACAAAAAAUGGAAAAGAAGACAAAAUGGGAGGUCAUUUGGGAGAAUUUACUUCGCACAUCCUGCAAGUGGAGAGCGAUUUUACAUGAGAAUGCUGCUUAAUUUUGUCAAAGGAUGCACCUCAUUCGAAAGCAUCAGAACAAUCAAUGGAGUCAAGCAUAAAACCUACCAAGAAGCAUGCUACGCAUUAGGAUUGUUAGAUGAUGAUAAAGAAUGGAAUGACUGCUUGGCUGAGGCAUCAAUUUGGGCCACCGGAAAUGAGUUGAGACAUCUCUUUGUAACGAUACUUAUCCACUGUCAGGUAUCUGAUUCAAGCAUGGUUUGGAAAAACAACUAUGAAAUACUAUCAGAAGAUAUACCAGCAUUGCGGAGAAAGAGAUUACGAAUGAAAAAUUUGUUGUUAAGUCAAGAACAAAUUGAAGCAUAUACAUUGUUCGAGAUUGAGAGCAUACUGUUAAAGAUGGGGAAAAGUUUGCAAGACAUAGAUGGAAUGCAAUUCCAGAUUCAGCCUUACUACGCAAUGUUGGAAAUCGUCUGA